CCUUUCCCAGAGGAGGAAGAAGAGGGACGGGUUCAGCUUCCUCAUCGAGGGGAGUAUGUGCGCGUGCAUGUGCGUGGUGAAAGAGAACUGUACAGUGAGGUCAGAUGUUCCCCGGGCUCAGCACGUGACCUCGGAGCAAAAGUAUAAAGAAAGAUGCGGGGAGACCAGAUGCCUAACUCAGUAGCUUCUCAAACUCUGGAGAGAAAGGGAGCAAGGAGCCGAGAGUGAAGAGGAAGAGAAGAAAGAGAGCGGCCGCGGAAUAACAAAGCGAGGAGAAUGGCACAGCGCGCUGCAAGAAUGUCUCAGGACCUGUCAGAAGCCCUGAAAGAAAGCACCAAAGAGGUGCAUGAGCAGGCAGAGACCACAGAUUUCAUGAUGCGGUUCCAGAAGGGACAGAUGUCACUUCAUGAAUUCAAGCUGUACCUGGCUUCUCUGUACUACGUCUAUGUUGCCCUGGAGAAAGAGUCUGAGCGGAAUAAGGACAACCCAGUCUAUGCCCCUGUUUAUUUCCCAAACGAGCUCAAUCGCAGGGCAGCUUUGGAGGAAGACUUGGAGUAUUUCUAUGGCCCCACAUGGAGGAAGGAGAUUCAGUGUCACGAGGCAACUCAGAAAUAUGUGGACAGGCUACACCACGUGGGCCAGUACGAACCUGAACUUUUGGUGGCCCAUGCUUACACGCGAUACUUGGGAGAUUUGUCCGGGGGUCAGAUUCUGAAGAAGAUCGCUCAGAAAAUGUUCCAUCUACCCAGCACUGGAGAAGGGCUGUCGUUCUUCAACUUCCCUGGAGUCACUAACAUCAGCAAGUUCAAGCAGCUGUAUCGAGCGCGGAUGAACAGUCUCCCCAUGGACUCAGCUACUGAGGAGAGAAUACUUGAGGAGGCCAAGAGAUCUUUCCUGCUGAAUAUAGAAGUGUUCAAGGAGUUGCAGAGACUGACAAGCCAAGGGCAAACCACAGAAAACCUCCGCCUUGAGGAACCAAAACUAGACCUCCACACAAGAGGAAUCAACAGAACUCACAGUCCAAAGGAAAGUGACCGUGUGCAGAUGAGGCAUCAGCAGAUGCUACCAAGCACGCCGCUCCUGCGUUGGGCUCUCGCCAUCUUCUUCUUGGCAACAACAGUCGGUGUGGGCUUGUAUGCCAUGUGAGCAGAAGGAACCUCAGCCAUGUCUUUCACCAGCACCUGCCUCAUCCUGAACUAACAAACCUUUCCCUUGUGGAAGAAAGCCUCCUUAGAUGGCCUAGUUUGGGCGAUCUG